AUGGGCAACGGCCAGGGAAAGCCCGUCGACCUCACCGGCGAAGUCAAUCUCAACCACUUCCGCCUCUUGAGAGUCGUCGGCCGCGGCGCCUUUGGCAAGGUCCGCAUUGUCGAGCGCAAGGAUACCGGUCUGUCCUUCGCCCUCAAGUACAUUCGCAAAGAUGAAGUCGUCAAGUCUGAGAGCGUUCGCAACAUUGUCCGCGAACGGCGCAUGCUCGAGCACGUCAACCACCCCUUCAUUUGCAAUCUGCGGUACAGUUUUCAGGAUAUCGAGUACAUGUACUUGGUGGUCGAUUUGAUGAGCGGCGGCGAUCUUCGCUUUCACAUCUCCAGAAAGACCUUUACCGAGGAGGCCGUCCGCUUCUGGAUUGCAGAGCUGGGCUGCGCCCUGAGAUAUAUUCACGGCCAGGGCAUCAUUCACCGGGAUGUCAAACCGGACAAUGUCCUCCUCGACGCCGAUGGGCACGUCCACUUGACAGAUUUCAACGUCGCCUCUGAUGUCAUCCCCAAGAGGGUUCUCACCAGCAAGUCAGGAACCCUGGCCUACUUGGCACCCGAAGUGUACGCAGGCAAGGGCUAUGAUGUCCGCGCCGACUGGUGGUCCUUGGGCGUACUGUUCUAUGAGUGCAUCUACAACAAGCGGCCAUUUGAUGGAAGCAACGAAGCCACACUCAGCCAACAAAUCCAAGGCAACCGCCCCAAGUAUCCCGUUACCCAGCCCCCCGUCUCUUUGACCUGCCUCUACGCCAUUCGCGCCGCCUUGGACCCCAACCCCAACACUCGUCUUGGUUCUACGUGGGAAAGCUUUAUACACAACGACUUCUUCCAGGAACUUGACUUCGACAUGCUGGAACAGAAGCAAAUAGAACCCACAUUCGUGCCAUCCUCGGACAAGACCAACUUUGACGCCACCUACGACUUGGAAGAGCUUCUCCUGGAGGAGGCACCCCUGGAGGCCCGCGCGAGGCGGCAGAAGCCCCGAGAACGGCUAAAAGAAGACGCGACGCAGCAGGAGAUCCGCGAGGACGAGCUUUAUCGAAUGAUUGAGAAGGAUUUCCGACCGUUUGAUUACACGGUGGCCGCUUACAAGAAAAUAACGGAGGCGACAAAAGACGGGGUGGAUGACUCACAGCUGAAGGCUGCUCCGAGCAACGGGCCUCAGCCGGCCAAAAAGGACGAGGCCAGCACUGUCCCGGACAAGGCAAUGCAACAACGGGCCGACAAAAGACCAGGCCGUCCGUCUCGGGCUGCACCGCCACUCCCUCAGUACCAGAGUCAGUAUGUCUCUCGGCCAUCGCCGCCGAGCAAGAAUCGGGUAGCAAGCCCUACAGGAGGCGUUCAAGUCACAUUGGAUGGGAGUGGCAGCUGGUCUGAACUCGCCCGUCAGGACGCAACGUUACCGGCGGACGCAAACACGGCCGUUGAUCCCAAAGAAGGAUCGGGAGGCAUGUUUGGAUUCCUGAAGAGCAAGCGGGGCAGAACCAACAGCCCCAAGCCGCGGGAGAGGGGUGUUCUUGGGAAGGAGGGCGCCCGGGUUGUCAUCAGCUAA